UUUAUUUAAUUCGACCCAAAAAGAGUUGAGAAUCACUAAUGUUAUUUUUUCCUCCUUUGAAAAUUUGAUUUUCGAAGACUUUCUCCCUCGGCGUCUCCUCGCCGCUCGGGUUGCUCGAUUUCUUUCAACAGGGAGAUUAUCAUUUUCAAGCUCUUCAAUUUGACCUUAACGAGAUCGUCAUGGCUCGACGAACGGUACCGAUCCUAAAACAUAUUCUUCAAAGAUCAUCAUCACCUUCAUUGGACAACGCGGUUCUUCUAGGGUUAGGAUCGAGAUGCGAUCCGAAAAGAUUCGUGACGUACAUGCCCCGUCCCGGCGACGGCGCUCCCCGUGCCGUCACGCUUAUUCCUGGCGACGGCAUCGGCCCUCUAGUCACCGGCGCCGUCGAGCAGGUGAUGGAGGCGAUGCACGCGCCAGUCUACUUCGAGAGGUACGAAGUGCACGGAGACAUGAAACGAGUCCCUCAGGAAGUGAUGGAUUCGAUCAGGAAGAACAAGGUGUGCUUGAAGGGUGGUCUUGCGACUCCCGUCGGCGGAGGCGUGAGCUCGCUGAAUGUUCAGCUGAGGAAAGAGCUCGAUCUCUAUGCUUCGCUGGUAAACUGUUUCAAUCUUCCGGGGUUGCCAACGAGGCACGAGAAUGUGGAUAUUGUUGUGAUUAGGGAGAACACGGAAGGGGAGUACUCGGGGCUGGAGCACGAGGUUGUUCCCGGCGUUGUUGAGAGCCUUAAGAUAAUGACAAAGUUCUGUUCAGAGCGUAUUGCAAAAUAUGCUUUCGAGUAUGCUUACCUAAACAAUAGGAAGACAGUGACAGCUGUGCACAAAGCGAACAUCAUGAAGCUUGCAGAUGGUCUAUUCUUAGAAUCUUGUCGAGAGGUUGCAACAAAAUAUCCCGGAAUCAAGUACAACGAAGUUAUUGUGGAUAAUUGCUGUAUGCAACUUGUUUCAAAGCCUGAGCAAUUUGAUGUCAUGGUGACACCUAAUCUUUAUGGCAAUCUAGUUGCAAACACAGCUGCUGGUAUUGCUGGUGGUACAGGAGUGAUGCCUGGAGGCAAUGUUGGGGCAGACCAUGCUGUUUUUGAGCAAGGUGCUUCAGCAGGGAAUGUGGGAAAUGAGAAACUAGUGGAACAGAAGAAAGCAAACCCAGUGGCUUUGCUUCUUUCAUCUGCCAUGAUGUUGAGACAUCUUCAGUUCCCUUCAUUUGCUGAUCGAUUGGAAACUGCUGUUGAGCAAGUGAUAUCAGAGGGCAAAUACCGGACAAAAGAUCUCGGAGGAAGCAGCACCACCCAAGAAGUGGUUGAUGCUGUUAUAGCAGCCUUGGACUGAUUUAGAAUAUAUAGCUCAUCUAAGUUGCUGUCUAGCCCAGGAUUUUUAAUCUGCCCUUUUCUUUGUUUUUUAUUUUUCAUUUUCCAUUAUUGUUUGAUCCUCCUCCCCACCCCCACCUCCUCUUCUAUUGAUGAUAUCUUAUGUCAUUUUUGAAUAAUACGAGGUCAAGCAUGAUGCCCUGAUCAAAAUAUGAAGGAUUUUGAUUAAA